UCAGACCUCUGUGCUUGCCUGUUCAACAGACUUGGCCAUCUCGGUCGAGUUGGCUGCGCUUUAUGUCUACUUGGCUCUGUCAUAAUCGUGCUGCAUGCGCCGGACGACCAGCCUAUUGACACGAUAACCGACUUUCUCAACUACGCUCUCAAGCCAGGGUUCCUGCUGUACUGUUUUGUCAUCUGCGUUGGCUCUGUCGUCCUUGCAUAUGGAGUUGCUCCAAAACUUGGCCGCAAGAACCCCGUGGUUUUCAUUUCUAUCGCGUCACUUGUUGGAAGUGUGUCAGUGAUGUUUGUGAAGGGCUUUGGCAUUGCGGUCAAGCUUACAUUCGCGGGCAAGAAUCAGUUUGUGUACCCAAGCACGUAUCUGUUUGGCGCAAUCUCUGCCGCCUGUAUUGUCAUCCAGCUCAACUGCUAUAAAGUAGACCUCGGUGAGGCUCUAACUGCUCGGACGGAGAGUCUCUCAACCGCGCCGCCGUGUACCUCCUUAUAUAAUCAGUGUUUCAAAACAGUGUAA